AUGGGGUCCAAAGUAUUCCUUCCCAGACGGCACUACUUCGAAGUCAAUGAUCAGCCAUGGUUCCCGCAGACUCUCAGAGAGAAAGUCCAAGAUUACCUGACCUUAGGCUGGAUCAACCGGCUUCCCAUCCUCCAGCCCACGUCUCCUGCUGCGCUUGUUUCUCGCGUCCUGUCGACGGUCCUCGGCCCUCGAGUGUCUGACUAUGUCUAUGUCGACUUUGCUUCAGGCGCAGGUGGCCCUACGCCAUACAUUGAAAGCCACCUCAACCAGGAACUUCGGGACGCAGGGAAAGAGGAUGUAAAGUUCGUGCUCACAGAUAUCAGUCCGCAUGUCAGUGCGUGGACGGCCAUUGCAAAGAAGAGCCAAAACAUCAACUACAUAGCACAGAGUGUGGAUGCUACCAAUGCCCCAUCAGCAGACACCCUGCUUAAGGACGUACCGGGCGUCCAGGGCAAGAAAAUAAUGAGGCUGUUCAGUUUGUCAUUCCACCACUUUGACGACGAUCUGGCUGCGAAGGUCCUCGAGAACACCAUUGAAACAGCAGAUGGAUUCUGCAUUUUUGAGCUUCAAUCACGACAUCUUACCUCCUUUGUCCUUGUCAGUCUCCUUUGGCCGCUUGCAAUGCUCAUAACACCGUUCUACUUCUGGAAUUCUCCCUGGCACUUGUUCUUCACCUACCUCGUGCCUAUUGUUCCCUUCAUCUGGGUUUACGACGGCUACAUUUCGUGCCUGAGGACAAGAACGCCGGAGGAGGUUGAAGCUCUGCUCCGCAGCCGUUCUUCCACUGAGAAACUGGCAGGCUGGAAAUUCAUAAGUGGACAGACCCGUCAUACCUGGCCAAUUGGCUGGUUAUAUUGGAUCAUUUGUUACAACAACGAGUAA